UACAUUGAUGAAUCCAUUCCGGUUAAUUUAGGUUUGUGUUGUCGCGUCAGCAUUCGAAUUUGUUUAGGAUUUCAUCAUUUGUUCAACGAAUUUUAGUUUAUUUUUUCAAAUUAUCAUCAAAAUUUACUUAUCGGUUUCAUUUUGUUCCCACAGUUUAAUUAUCUAGAAUUUUUAAAUUUAAAAAUGUCUGAAAAUGAAAUGAUUGGUGAAAUAAUCAAACCAUUGGAUAAAUGGGAUGGAUCGGCUGUCAAAAAUCGUUUGGAUGAUGCUGUUAAAUUUUUUUUCACCCAUACAAAUCAAUAUAAAGAAAAUUUUAUACUUAUCGAUAUUCGUUUGGGUAUUAGCUUGAUGGCUGUUGGUGUAGCCGUAUUUGCACUUAUCUGGGAUUAUCUGAAUCCAUUUCCAACAUCUAGGCCAAUACUUCUCAUUUGUGUUUGUGCAUAUUUCGUAUUCAUGGCAAUAUUGACCAUUUAUACAACUAUGGUUGAAAAGGGAAUCUUUUUAAAAGCUAAACAUGGAAAUAAGUCAAUUACUGUAUCAUCAUAUAUGAAACGAUUUGAUGAUCAAUAUCAAUUGUUGAUCGAAUUGAAAACGAACAAAAAUGGUGGCCAACCAUGUGAAUCAAAACUAGAAGGUUCAAUUGGUAAAUGGGUCGAUGAUGAAGGAUAUUUUCUUGAACGAAAAUUUGAAGAUGAUCUUAAACGAUUAUAUUCACGUAUGUUGAAUAAAAAGACCAACUAAAAAGCACAUUGGUUUUUUUUCCGAAUCAUGUUCAUCAUUGGUGAUUGGCCUUCAUAUUUAUCAAUCCGUUAAUGUUUUUCCAGCCGCAAACCCACAA